AUGGGCGCAUCUAUACCGAGCUUGUGCCUCUCUCUCUUGAUUAUUCUCGCCAUCUCCGGUCAAGCAUAUGGCUUCGGUGCGGGGAACAUCGCCUCUCUUUCCCAGAUAGAGGGUCAGAAUUGGCGCCAUGGUGAUAUCGAAGAUGCCCUCUUGAACUUAUUCCUGGCCCGAGGAGCCGGUGGGGAGAAAUUCAGCAAGUUGGAUGUGAAGCGAGUCUACUUUGGGAACUGGCUGCGGGAUUACAGCCAAGCUGUUGAUGUGGGUACUGUCAAAUAUGUCAGCGCGGAGGCUAUUCGUAUUCUGAUAUGGGUGCUGGGAUUUAUGAGCUUUGGCUACGGCACUGGGGAGUUUGAGGUCACGACUGAGCGAUUGGGUUGCUAUCAACCUACAGAGCAUAUCGAUAACCCUAAAGGGUAUGCAGAAGGGGAUGAUGCUCGUAAUUACGAUACUCGUUUGAGGGGCCCGGUGGAUGAGGAGCGAGAGCUUUCUAUUGAUCCACGUACAGGUCUCAAAUGUUAUAUCUCAUCUGAAGAUAUGGGCAUUGAUACCUCGGCCCAUCUAAUCCGUAAUGUUCUCGGCCGUUCAAUCCAGCUUGGUCGCCGCUACGCUCGUUCCCGCAAUACCGAAGAUCUGUACGAGGCUCUUAGGUUGCUUGGAACAGGUUUACACUGUCUGGAGGACUAUGCGGCCCAUUCCAACUAUACCGAGCUGAGUCUCAUUGAGCUUGGAGAAAGUGAAAUCUUUCCGCAUGUUGGGCGCGACACAAUGUUGGAAGUUGAAGGUGCCCCCAGCAUGGUCUAUCCCAUUGUUACUGGAACGUUUGGCGGAGUCGAUUUCUUUCACUCGGUACUUGGGGAAUUCUCCGACAAAGCCAAGCAGUCGGAGAUACAGUCCUUGGAAGGCGUGAUCGCUGAUUCUGAAAAUGACAGUUCAUCGGAAAGCGUUUUGCAAGGACUGUUGAGUAAGAUUCCCAGUGGAUUAUUUGGUGACAGUGAUGCCGAGACAAGCCAGAUGGAUGACUUCAAGGCAAAGGCGGAUGAUGCAAAGCAUAACACCCCAGAGGUCUCACCCCGGGAGCCCGAGGAAUGGACUCGUUACCUCAACGAUGUCCAAAAUCAAAUCUACCCUGUUCUGGAGUGGCAUGAUAAAUUGCUGAAAGCAAUCAACGAAACGAUCGAGAAGAUUCCGAUACUACCGGAUCUGAUUGAGCAAAUCCAAGACGAGAUCACGAUCUUCGUCUUUUCCGUUCUCGCUCCCUACAUUCUCCCCAUCAUCAAGCAGGUCAAAUCUGAGCUGGAGACCGGUUCCUCGGAGGUCAUUCAAAGCAGCCAGCAACAACAGCAUGUCGUGUUCAACGAUGACUCGUCAACCAAUCCUACUCAUUCGAUGCUUUCCAAAGACCACUUUUCGAACGUGCUUAAUGAGCCGGCUGGGCGCAUUGCGUCUAAUAUUGUCAAGUGGACUGUUCCUCAGUUGAUGCAAUGCUGGGACGACGAAGAUGCCGAUAUCGACCAAACCCUAACUAGAAUCAUAAAUGGAGUCUUCCAUCACCCUGCUCUCCGGGAGUGCGGGCAUGACGGUGCGAAUGAAAUCCGUGGGAUUAUGUUCUCUACGGUAGAGCAAUGGUGGAGUGAGAAGGAUGAUGAGGCGCAGGGAUAUCUACGUGAGCAGCUGAGCCGAGAUGGUGUUCUCGAGGGCAAGAAUCACAAGGAAGGUGUUGAAGACUGCGGACAUGGCUGUGGGAAGCCGCUUGCUCUACCCAAAAUCAACGCCAAUUCUGGUGAGGAAUCGCAGUCCAACAAUGCUGGGCUCGAGAGCUUCGCCUCGCAAGCUUUGGGCGGAGGAGCCCUGGGCGGACUGCUUGGUGGCCUUGUUGGCGGUAUGGGAUCGCUGGCUUUGAACAAUGGCCGAGAAAGCCCUGAGCCUGACGUACGAAAUGAUGAUAGUGAUGAGAGUGGUUCCCAUGAGCACCGGCAUCAUCACAGUCAUCGUGAAGACGAGCAGACGCAAGAGGAGGUUCCAUCUCAUUACCAUGAAGAAUAUCCUCGUCCCGACCAGUAUUAUCCCAGUGAAGGCUAUUCUCGCCCUGAGUACCCACCUAAUCCUCCUCCCAUGCAGAGCUAUCGUCGUGAGGAAUACCAAAACUACGACGAAGGGGGUCAAGGAGGGUAUUAUCAUCAGGAGCGACGAGAGUUUUACGAAAGUACUAGUCAGACGGAAUACGUGCACAUGGAAACCGAGUCUCGUUACGAGUAUGGGCAUCCGCAACCUGCAUUCCAACCCAUAGAAGAACCCGGAUACGGCGGAAGAUUUGAGCGAGAAUUCUCGGCCGGUUACGGCAGACCACCACCGCCGCCACCAGGUGGGUUCGAUGAAUUCGAGAGGCCUAGUUAUCCCCCUCAAAAUGAAGGUUAUGGCCAAAGAUUCAACGACGGGAUAGAGUAUGUGGAGCGGCGUCCACGAGGGGAGUCAGAAUCUAGGGAUCGCUCAGGAUCCCGUAGUGGUAGCGAUGAGGAACAUUCGCACCGACAUCGCCGGCACCAUCACCACCAUCACCACCACCACGAGGACCAUUCGGGUUCGGGUUCAGGUUCAGAUUAG